AUGAAUCUUAAUUCAAAAAAUAUUGUAACUUUAUCGAUAUUUUCAUCGAUAAAUUCUUUAUAUAUUUUACUAUAUAUUUUAAAUCAAACUUUUUUACAAAUAGUAUGUACAUUGUGUAUAAUGUUGCUUUUAUUAAGUGGUUUAAUUGUAUUUCUAAAAGUACAUAAAAUAUCAGAAUACAAGCAGAAUGAUAAAUUAGAGAUUAUAUCGAAAGAAAAAAUAGAAUUUUGUGUAAUUUAUUUAUAUGAACAGUUAAAUGAUAAGUUGACAAUUGUCAGGCAAUAUUUAUUAUGGAAUAACAGAAUUAAAAAUAUAACUGCUAUUAUUAUAAUUUAUUUUUUAGGGAAUAUUUUAUCUUUUGUAAAUUUUAAUGUUUUUAUUUAUUUAUUAACAUGGUUUAUAUUUCUUUAUAAUUAUAUUAAUGAUGCCUAUAUAAAUAAUGCAUAUAAAAUAAUUCAUCCAUUUUAUGUUAAUAUUAAAGAACAGGCAAAAUAUUUUUAUGACAAUAUACCAAAAUUACAACAUCUGAAAAAGAACAUAUAA